CAAAGACAUUCAUAAAUUAUUAUUCGUUAUAACCAAUCCUGCCUUAUAAGAAGUGCAUCUAUAAAUAUAUUCCCAUACUCAGUCGUAAUUUUGACCUGCACGGUUUGACCAUGAAGUGUUUGAUUCCAAGUUUUCUGCUUUUUUGUAUCCAUGUCUGCUUCACCUGUGCUAAAUGCGAUGACUGCGAUAAUGUAGUCCUAAUAACUACAAGUGAAAACUACACCCUUAUCGGUUUUGAAGAUGAAAAGCAUCAAAGCCAGUCGAUUAAUAACUGCAAAGAAAGUCAGUGCGCUAUAAAAUGGGAAACUAAAGAAAACGAUGAUCUUCUUCCAGUGUUAUUUACUCCGAAAGACAACAAUUUCAACUACAGCUUUAUUGGUAUAGAGGCUAACAAAUUUUCGUUUGAAGUAGAGGCAACCAAUGACAUUCACAUUGGGUUGUUUAGCACCCCAUCAACUGAUCCGCCAUGGUACGAAUUUGUGAUUGGGGGUUGGGGUAACGCAAAAUCUGUUAUUAGAAAAGAUAAAGUUUUGUACCCGUACCUUAUGGACAAUGAUGUCGUAACUUCCCUUACUCCUGGUAUAGUGCAGACGAAGAUACCCAAUAAAAUGUGGGUUAGGUUUAACAAACAUACAAUUUCUGCUGGGUUUCAAGGGGAAGACGCUUUGAUUUCUUUCAGGGAUGUAAAACCCAUACCGAAAAUUACUUACGUUGGAUUUCAUGUUGGUUUUGGUUCAAAUGGAAAAUGGAAAAUAAAUAUACCUAGGGUUCGGGAUGAAAGAAGAUGAUGCUAUUUUUACACUUUGUAACUUUACUGCAUGUCAUUAAAGUUCGUGCAUCAAUUUUAUUAUAGCUCAUAUUAUAAACCUUUGCUUAAAACCUUGUGAAAAGCUUUUCU